UUCGUAAAUAGAAUUUUAAUUAGUAACAAAAGUCAAUAUUUUUAGAAGUUCUUCGGUGCAAAGAGUUAGCUGUUAAUAAUCUCGUCUAACGAAGCACACUAAUUUUUGGAUAUGAAUACGUCGUAGCUAAUAGUAAGUAGAUCACGAGAUGUUGUCUUUACUGAUCACGAGACGUUUCCCUGACAUGGUACUUGAGUAGCUAGCCUUUGCUCUCGGUGCAUGAGUAUACAGUAAUGAGCGCAUCAGUUGACAGUCUACCUAAAACACCACAAGAAGAAAACAACUUGCUUGACUAUUCGCUUACAGUUGAAAAGAAAAAAGAAGAAGAUGAUGGAACGGAUUGGCCGGCUCGUUCCAAAUGGCUAAAAGGUGUGCGCGUUGUCUUCAGGAUUGUCCUCUUUCUUGCUGUUUUGGCCUGUCUAGUCAUGUCGAAACUGUCGUUUUUGAUCAUGGCACAACAUUUCAAUGACACAAACUCGUCGUCUACCCUCAAAUCGGCUGAAACUAGGAAAACUAACAAAGCGGCCAAUUUUUGGCGUCUCCUCUUGGCACUAAUGAUUCCAAGCCUAUUUUCUUUCGUUCGCUCCAUUUGGUGCGGUCUGUUCAGUCGCUCUCGGAGAAACUACCCGUGGCCGAGGAAGACAGCUAUUCUUGUUGGUUUUCUCACGUCAGCUACAGAGAGUGUUGCUCUCUGCAUCUUUACGUUCGUUCUAGCUGCUCGAAUUCCUCACUCUGCGAUAACCAUAAUUCUCAUGUCCGGAGUUUUCAGCGGCACCAUCGUUACUCUCCUAGGACGCAUUUACAAACGUAAACGUCGUCUACAGCAACGUCACGUCCAGAAUGACUAUGUAUACCAACUCGAACAAACAGUAGGCAGCCAGUCUACCACGCACUUUCAAUCUUGUUGGAAUGUGUUGCAUAAACUAUGGCGCAAGAUUUUGAAAAGGAAGCGCUACCGCACUUUCGCUACGUGGACUGCAUUCAUUUUACAGAUAUCUGGCGUUACAUCUCUCGUCAUAAUACUCGUCGUUUUUAACAGCGAGUUUAAUAACAAUCAGUGGGGUGUGCUUAUCUCUAUUCCAGUAGUUUUGAUCUUGCUGUCCGUUGUAUGGUGUUCGGCUAUUCAAGAAUACUUGAACACACUGCAGAACACGCCAGCCGACGGUCGAAGAAUAGCGAGCGCUCGCUGGAAGAAUGGCAUUCUGACAAACCUUUGGAGAAUAAUAUCGCUUCCGACUGCGGCUAUAAUUAUGUCGCUUAUCAAAUUUGUCAACUUGGAAGUAGACGUGGACUAUUUAGGGAAAGGCUUAAAACAAGUGCGUGAUGAUCUGUCCGGAGAUACGUUUUUUCUCGUUACCAUCUUUUGUACCUGGGGAGCAUACAUAUUGUCAUGGUUCUCCUGUACGACACGAAUGCAUACGAGCGGAUUUGUUUGGCCCCUCCUUCUAGCCACUCCUGUUGCCGUCGCUACGACCUUUGGAGUUUGCUCAAAUCAUAAGCUAAAGAACGAGUUAGCUUGCGAACCAGGAAAAUAUUACGAAUACGGUCUUCUUCCCAUAUGUUUGAUUCUGUUGUGGAUAUCUCAAAUUAUAUGCUGUGUGUUCUACGUUUGGCGAACAAAACUCAUUGCAUUGAUAAAAGAAGAAAAUCUUUUUAUUCAAUCGUAUUACAAUUGUCCUUUUACCGAUCAGAGUCUGAUGCUCAACAGAAAGACAGAGUUUGAUGAUGAGAAAGUGAGAGAUCCCCAAAAAGAAGCUCUCGACAGUCACGUGUUUGUCUGCACGACAAUGUAUCAUGAAAAGCUGCACGAGCAGAAACAGCUCCUUGAGUCGAUCCACCGGAUAGAUCUAGAACAAGGUAGAGAAAAGAUUCGCAAUUUUGAAUCUCACAUCUUCUUUGACGGUGGCUCUAAAGGCUGUCAUAUAACACAAUUUGCUAAUCAGCUCUUCAGUCUUCUUGAAGAAAUGCUAAAGAUUAAAUUGAGUAAUGGAGAGAAAUGGGAAACGCCUUACGGACUGCAGAUAAAGUGGAAUUUGCCUGGAGGUAUGCCUUUCUAUGUUCACUUGAAAGAUCCGCACAAAGUGAGAAAGAAAAAGCGCUGGAGUCAAGUCAUGUACAUGUCGUACGUUCUUGACUUUUGCUGUCGAAAAUCAAACUUAAAUGACGACAACACCUUUAUUCUCACGACCGAUGCCGAUAUCGAGUUUGAUCGCGAAGCCGUCGAAAUCAUUCUCUAUCUUCUAUGUCGCGACCAACUCGUCGGCGGAGUGUGCGGUCGUGUCCAUCCCCUCGGCAGCGGGCCGAUCGUCUGGUAUCAAAAGUUUGAUUACGCGGUCGGUCAUUGGUUUCAAAAGGUAUCCGAACACGUUCUGGGUUCGGUCAUGUGCUGUCCGGGAUGUUUCAGUGUCUUUCGGGCACGAGCAUUGCGAGAGGUUUUGCCCGAGUAUGCGACCAAAGCAGAAAAAGCCAAAGAGUUUUUGACGAAAGACAUGGGAGAAGAUCGAUGGCUCUGCACGUUGAUGGUUGAGGCAGGUUGGCGACUGGAAUACGCGGCUGCUGCAGACAGUUAUACAUUCUGUCCAGACAGUUUCGACGAGUUUUAUAAACAGCGUAGACGAUGGACUCCGUCGACGAUGGCGAACUUGAUAGAGUUGUGUUCCAAUGCCAAAAAGGUAGUAGAAAACAACGACGCCAUUUCUAUCAUCUUCAUUUUCUAUCAAGCAGCAAUGAUUUUCUCCACCAUUAUCGCACCGGCCACUGUCAUCCUGCUUAUGGCGGCCGGUAUGAGUUACGCAUUCCACACAUCGCCUCACAAUGACAAUAGCGGAGAGUACAUUGCGUUUCUUGUCUUGUUUCUUUUGGCAUCCUUCGUGUAUGGCGCCGUGUGCAUCAAGUGUGGGCAGGAUACGCAACUAAAAAUGGCCAAAGUUUUGACUUUUGUUUUCUCUAUUAUCAUGGCAGUAGUCGUUAUAGGAGUGAUUGUUCAAAUUGCUAAUGGAUUUGAAGGAGCCGAGACACCGACACCUUCGCAACUAAACGCGCCCAGUCCGACACAAUCCAGCAAAGGAAUCUCUCUUACAGAUGUAGCCGUUAGUACAUGGUACUUCGGUGGACUAGCUGCGAUUUUUAUCAUAGCUGGGAUUCUUCACACUACCGAUGUCAUUUGUCUCGUCCAUUCUCUAUGGUAUCUUCUUUGUCUUCCAUCUGGUUAUCUCUUUCUUAUUAUAUUUUCGAUCUGCAAUUUAAACGAUCGUUCUUGGGGAACUCGAGAGAAAGUCAAUCAAGACCCAAAAAAUAAAGAUAUUUGGUCGGUCUUGCGAUCAUUCAUGGAUAAAUUGAGAUAUGCGUGUGGUUGUUGCAAUUGUUGUCAUCCACCAACCUUGAACGAGUCAUCACAACAGAAUCCACAAUUUCCAAAAGAUAAAAAAGAGGAACAUGAGAAUGACAACGCGGAAGGUAACGGAAAUCUUUCGGCUUCGUCUUCGUCAGCACAACAAGCUGAAAGCGUGAAUCAAGCUGCGCCCGCAAUAGGUAUUCCCAUCAGAAGAUUUCUUAAGAACAUCGGUGUUGCGGAUGAUGUUUACGCUCCAAAUUUUGAAGCUGCAGGAUAUCACGACACGUCAUUUCUUAUCGAAAUUCAAGAAGCGGACAUCAGAUCACUGGGAGUGAAGAAAGCUGGUCUUGUUCAGCGAAUAAUCUGGGCGAUUGACGAGCUACCCGACACAUCUGUACCAUUAGGCGUUCCCAAUAACGUAACUGAUUGGUUAGAGUCGCUUGGGCUAUCUCAGUACCAACCGCAGUUUGCAGAAGCUGGAUACGAAGGAAGAAGUGACAUAGCCAAUCUGGUCUCCCUAAAUGAAGAUAUUUUGAAAAAUGAAAUUGGCGUAACCAAGCCAGGACAUUUGAAAAAGCUUAAAAUGGCCUUGAAAAUGGUCAAACAUCCAACUAAUCGUGAAAUGGCAAUACUACAAGCAAAACGUGUCAUCGAUGACUUAGAAAAACUUAGCAUGGCUGCCAGCCCAGAGAGAAAUGAAGAGAAUAUCUUUUGGAAUAAACUAAAAGCAACCUGCUUAGAACCAGAAUCAGAAAUGUACGAAAAGGUGGAUGAAAUGAAGGAAAACCUAAAAGAACUUCGUGACCAGAUGGUUCUUGUGUUUGCUGUGAUAAGCAUCAUUUGGAUAGUUCUCAUUACCGUACUUGGCUUUCACGCCAAAUUGUCGGUUCUGCACACCAACGUUCUUGGCCUCGCUUUCCUAGCUGUGUACGGGAUCAUUUUUCUUGUUCAGUUCAUCUGCCUCAUUUGGCAUCGCAUCGUUACUUUUAUUCACUAUCUGGCUCACGAAGAUCAUUCUUCUAGUGAAACGGGUGUUGGAUCUGAAAUGGAAGAAGACAGUGAGUAUGAUGAGAUCGAUUACGAAGAAGCUGAAAUUGGUGUUCCUGGGGAACGAAGCCAGUCCAGAUCGACAGAGCUGGUACCUUUGAUCGCAUAAAAACAACAAAGAGUCACUCCUAGGGCGAUGAACCGUAUACUAUAGUCAUUAAUUCAAUGUACGUUGUUGCGAUUUGUGUAUGCUUUGUUUUUUGAUAGGCAUGCAUGCAUGUUAAACGCCAUUCGCGGUUGACUGUGUUGGUAUUUUAAUGCUCAUGAAUUAGUCAGUGUUGUGACAUUCCGUUUAUAAGGGAAAAUUUUUUGGUUCGUUGGUAAAUGUUUUGGUCAAACUUUUAUUGCACAAUUUGACAAUAUAUUUAUAC